UAUAAACCGACCCAUGAAGGAAAAAGAGAGAGAAAGAUCAAACAGACGGCAAAUAACUUUGAGAAACUGACCAAGCCAAACAAACCAAACCCAAAGAAACAACGGACAGAACAGUGUGUGUGUUUUGGUUGAGUGUAAGAAAAAAGGGAAAGAGAGACAGAGUUUCAGGUUUUUUUGUUGGUUGCGGUUGCUUAUUUGUUCUUCUUUCUGUCUCUUGAAAAGAAGACAAACACACCCGUUUGAUCGGAUUGCAAUUUGGGUUAUUUGGGUUGUUGUCCGUACGUUAAAUGGAGCGGGACCCAGAGUCCGAUCCACAACCGGAAUGGACAGCUCCGGGACCCGAAACGGGGCUCGAAGAGCCGGUUUGGCUGUUGGGAUUAGGGGGUGGGUCGGAAUCAUACCCGGAGCGACCCGACGAAGCUGAUUGUAUUUACUAUUUGAGGACUGGGUUUUGCGGCUACGGCUCUAGGUGUCGGUUCAAUCAUCCACGUGACCGUGCUGCAGUUAUGGGUGCUGGAAGAGAUGGUGUAGGGGAGUAUCCAGAGAGAGUGGGCCAGCCAGUUUGUCAGUAUUAUAUGAGGAUGGGGAGAUGCAAAUUUGGUGCUUCCUGUAAGUACCAUCAUCCGAAGCAGGGGGGUGGUUCUGUUAGCCCUAUGUCACUAAAUUAUUAUGGAUACCCACUACGCCCGGGUGAAAAGGAGUGUUCUUACUAUGCGAAGACAGGGCAGUGUAAAUUUGGUGUAACAUGUAAAUUCCAUCACCCUUCACCAUCUCCAGCUCCCCAAGUUGCACCUGUGCCUACACCAGUUCCUGCUCCACCAUUAUAUUCUGCAGUGCAAUCACCAUCUGGCCCUUCCUCUCAACAAUAUGGACUUGUAAUGGCAAGGCCUCCUCUGAUGCCAGGCCCAUAUGUGCAAGGCCUCUAUGGUCCUUUGCUGCUUUCCCCAGGUGUUCCAAGUUGGAAUCCCUAUCCAGCACCUGUCAGUCCUGGUACUCAACCCACUGUUGGAUCAAGCUCAAUUUUUAGGGUAACACCAUUAUCUCCUUCAGCACCUGCAUAUACUGGAUCUUAUCAAUCUGUACCUUCUGUUGGGCCUUCAAGUAGUAUUCAGAAGGAGCAGUUAUUUCCAGAGAGACCUGGCCAACCAGAAUGUCAGUAUUAUAUGAAGACAGGUGAUUGUAAAUAUGGAUCCUCCUGUAGAUUUCAUCAUCCACCAGAAGUGAUUGCACCAAAAGCAGAUGUCAUCCUCAGCCCUCUUCGUUUUCCUCUUCGUCCCGGUGCACCACCUUGCACUCAUUAUUCACAGCAUGGAGUGUGCAAGUUCGGAGCUGCUUGCAGAUUUGAUCAUUCUAUGGGAACAUUAGGUUAUGGUCCAUCUGUGUCUUCUCUUACUGAUAUGCCUUUUGUACCCUUUCCUGUUGGAUCUACAUAUGGUACUCUAGCUCCAACAUCCUUAUCUUCAGAGUUAGGACCAGAACUUCUUUCAGGGUCUAGCAAGGACCCUGCGCCAGCCAUAACGUCAUCAUCAGUGAGUGCAUCAAGUGAAUCAGUUGGUUCAGUUUUUUCUAAAGUUGCACCCGUUCCUCAUUCAAGCACACAACAGUCUAGUCGGAGUUCUGCCCCUUCUACUGGCAGUGGCAGCAGCAGUGAGGCGCACACCUCAAGCUAAGAGAAAAAGAAGCAAAUCCCUUUUUUUGAUCAAGUUCAUGAACCAAAGCAUUAUUUUUUGUGCAAGUCUUCAAAAAUAGGAGGCUUCAUUUCUUUGUUAUCAUGGUUCCAUGGUUCAGGUCUAGCACACAGCAGAUCUGAUCAUCUGUGUUCAUAUAAUCUUCAUGGGGCCAUCUCUUCCAUCUUGAAUAAGCCCACGGCCAAACCGUAAAAGGUUUAGCAAACCGAAUACACCUUGCAUUUGAAUAACUACUGAAGAACCUGUAGUUACAUUAGGGAGAACCGUGUCAACCCGUCCAAUUUUUGGAGUCUGUUGCAUUGUUUAUGGUCUGAUCUUUUCCAAAACGAAAAGUUAUGACCUGCAGCAUUCUUCCCUUUACAUCAACUGUGUGUUCACGUCCCUCAUAUUUUUAUUUUCAAUUUGGGGACAAGUUUCCAAUUCAACCUAGAAAGGAACUUGAAGGUGUUCUUAUUCCCCCACUUUUUAUCAGGUUUGUUGUGAAGAACAGAAGUAAUUUAAGAAAAACUCCAAGGAGGCAUCAAAAUAUGAUUAUAUAUGGGAUUAGAUACAUAAUUAUGGUGUGAGAAUGGAAAUGCUUAUAUGAGAAUUUACGUUUUUUACUUGAAUUCCAGCUCCUCAGAUUUUACCUUUUUUAUUGUUUGGCAAAGCUUCUUUUAAAUGUGCCUGAUUUAGACGAGAUCAUUUGGAUUUGAAUAUUGCUUGUGCAAGUGAUUAUCAGCAUUUCCGAAUAUGUGACAUGCAUUUUUAGCUGUGAUGUUCAGUAGGAAGUGGAUGGUCUCCUAUUUUUAGAUUAAUAGGGAAUCAUCUCUCCUUCAUUUUCUUCAACCUAGCAAGUCUUUCCUCUCACUCCACCAUUUUAAACCCCUGUUCUCAAACAAAUUUCCUCUGAUAUGGCCAAGUUUUGUGCUGCCAUUAUUUUCCCCUUUGGUUCUGAUAAUAAUGCUACUUUUCUGCACCAUGUUAGCCAUUUUUUAAUUUGAAAAUAGGGAAUUCAAACCGUCCUUUUUGAGAUUAGUUUAUUCAUCAUCGUUGAGUCAAAUGCACGGAUCAAAGACUGGGUCAAAGACUGUGGGCGAACCUUGUUAGUCACUUUCACAGCCCUUUAGGCUCUAAAUUCUUUGCGCAAUAAGAAAAAGGGGAAAAGAAAAGAAAAGGUUUCAUUUAACUUUUCUCUUCAGGGGAAGCAGCGGCGAGUGCAUGCCUAGGCUGAUAAUAUAACAAAAACUAAUUGCAAGUACUACACCUAUGGUCAGUUGUGCUGAAAGUUGAAAACAAACAAACAGGUCCACUUUCCCAUUAAGAUAUAUUUUCCAGCAAUUAGCAAAAGUAAUCCUUUGUAAAUGUUCAAAGACGAGGUGUUAUGUU